GGAGGGAAGGUGUGUCAUUGGGUCUGACUCUGACGAAGGUUGGUCUCUACUCUCUAUGAAUAGAAAAACGGGGUUCGCGGCGCUGUGAGCGGAAAUAAUCACAUUUUACAGCUCAGGUUCGCAACAAACAAUUGGAUGGAGAAAGGCUGGUAGUUUUGGGGGGGCGUUCUAGAGGGUUCACACAAAGCGUGUUGCUGAGCUUCACCUUCCGCUAUUCACCGACUCAUGAAUAUAAAUUAAGUGGACUUAAAGAAACCGAAGUGCCAGUGCAUUGAGAUUCAAUAGCUACUUGAGACAGGCGAGAGAAACCAUUACCGGGCGACACAGUAUUGUUUCAGACAAACUUUGCAUCUGUUUCGCGAGUGUUUUAUAGCCCUCCAUCAUGGCAUUGAGAGGACCGCUUUCAAGAUUGUUGAGAUCAACGCUGAGUUCCUGUCAACAGAACAGAUCACAUUCUGUUGCGAUUUUGGGAGCUCCCUUUUCCAAAGGACAGAAAAGGAGAGGGGUGGAGCAUGGACCCAAAGCCAUCCGGGAUGCUGGUGUGGUGGAGAGACUUUCAAAUCUCGAUUACCCUGUGCAUGACUUUGGGGACCUGAGCUUCCAGCAUCUGGAAAAGGAUGAGCCCUUUAUGCACGUCCCAUUCCCGCGCACAGUCGGACGAGCCAGUAAGCUUGUGUCGGGAGCUGUGAGCAGUGCAGUGGGGGCGGGACACACCUCCAUUAUGCUGGGAGGAGACCACAGUUUAGCGAUUGGCUCAGUGGAAGGCCACGCCCAACAGUGCCCUGACCUGUGUCUGAUAUGGGUCGAUGCCCAUGCAGAUGUCAACACUCCUCUGACUUCACCUUCUGGAAACCUUCAUGGCCAGUCUGUGGCAUUCUUACUGAGAGAGCUGCAAGACAAGAUGCCAAAGGUUCCUGGGUUUUCUUGGAUGAAGCCUUUCCUGAGUGCCAGAGAUCUGGUUUACAUCGGCCUCAGAGAUGUUGAUCCAGGCGAACAUAUAAUUCUGAAGACUCUUGGAAUUCAGUACUUUUCCAUGCGUGAUAUUGACAGAAUGGGCAUUCAAAGAGUUAUGGAGGUCACACUGGAUCACCUAUUGUCAAGGAAGCAAAGGCCUAUUCACCUGAGCUUUGAUAUUGAUGCGUUUGACCCAUCUCUGGCUCCUGCCACUGGAACUCCUGUUAAUGGUGGACUGACCUACAGAGAAGGCAUCUACAUCACAGAGGAGAUCAACAACACGGGUUUACUGUCCGCGAUGGACCUGGUUGAAGUGAACCCCACACUGGGAGCGACACCUGAGGCUGUGGAGGCCACAGCUAGCCUUGCAGUUGAUGUCAUUGCAUCAGCUCUCGGUCAGACGCGCGAGGGUGCACAUGUCGCCUUCCAGAAAAUUCCAGAAUCAAAAGAGGACACUGAACUACGGCUGUAGUUCAGCAGAUAUUAACUGAAGACUUUGAUAAAAUAGUAUUAACCACUUUUGAGGACAAGUCAACGACUUUGCAUUCCAAAGCCUAAAACAACGAAAUGAGAGGUUUGCAGAGACUAAGACCAGACGAAAGCUUUUAUUCAAAGGUUUUUGUAGUCAUGGUCAAAAUAUUGUUUCCUCAGCAGUAAAGUGAUACGCACAUGGGUGAGAUUUGUUUAAUUGUUCUGAUAAACCCAGGGAGAGUUUAGCAGAAUGCAGAGACAUGAGAGUCUCCAAUAAACACAAACCACCCACUCAUUUCAGUUUGUCAAACAGGGCAAGAUCUAAUUUUUCUGUCUUAAUGUGGACUGAUCAAUUUUUCUGUCUUAAUGUGGACUGAUCUUUCUGAAAUAUAAAUAUUUCUAUUUGUAAUAGAUAAUCUUAUCGGGUUAGUGUGUAGCUACAGGUAAUAUUCAGAGAUUACUGCAGAAUAACAAAAGACUGAAAAAAAAAUGAAUCUAAAUCUGAGAUAAUUUUCGGGUAGAAUUUAGUGUCAGACGUAUUUAAUUUUACUAAUUGAAACCUGUUUGCACUUUUGGACCAGAUCUGGUUUGUUGUAUUAUGUUUGCUUUGUUUUUUAUUUUAAUAGGAGAGACGCUUUCAGUAGCUAAUCUAAUCCUGAGUUGGUUCGGUUAGAACUUGGUGACUUUUUUAUUAGUGUUUUAAGUAAGUUAUUUAAUUAUGUGGUUUGACAAAUCUGGAAUAAAUUCAUUUUGUACUCAUUCAGAUCUGAUUUCACAACCCCCCAGUAGCAUUUCAAAGUAACAUGUCAUUUCGGUUGUAUUUUCCUACUUCUUUGUAAAAUGUUUUGUCAUAAUAAACUAUUUUAUUGAA